CAGUGGAAGCGGGCGAGGAAGAGCUUGAGAGGGAGCGCGAGCGCGGGAGGAGGCGGUGGCGUGCUGUUGGGUCUCCUCAGAGCGGGACCGGGGCAGGCGGAGAAGGGAAGGGCAAGGCUAGGAAGAGGAGGAAGGAGGAGCGACUGCGUGCGUCAGGUCCUGCUGGCAAAGUCGGCAAAGUUCAGGCGAGAGGCGCCUCGGAGGCGAGCGAGCGAGCGAGAGAGCGAGGCCAGCCCGGCGAAGGCGCCUCUCUCUCCUCGCAGGGAAGAAACUUGGCUCGCAUGGAGCGGGAGGCAGCCUGAGCCUCCCCUAUGGGCGCCGCUUCGUCGGCGUGAUGGCCAAAUGGCUGAAUAAGUACUUCAGCCUGGGCAACAACAAGACCAAGAGCCCCCCGCAGCCGCCCCGGCCGGACUACCGCGACAAGCGCAACGGGACGGCGGUGACGGGGAGCGGAGGGAACAGCAACAGCAACAGCGGAGGGGGAGGAGGAGGAGGAGGAGGAGGAGGGCACCCCAGCCUCAACCACAGCCACAACCACCGGCACCACACCUCGCCGGGCUUUCCGCGCCACGACACCAGCGACCUGCUCCGCGCCUACCGGGCCCAGAAGGAGCGCGACUUCGAGGACCCCUACAGCGGGCCGGGGUCUUCGCUGCGGAAGCUGAGGGCGCUGUGCCGCGCGGAGUACUGCGCGCCCGAGGAGCUGCUCCUGGCCGAGAGCGCCGACGCCAAGCCCUUCUCGGCCGCCUCCUGCUGUGGAGGGAGCAGCGCCAGCACCACCGCGUCCUCCUCGCUGGCCUCCGCCUCGCCGCAGCUCUUCCGCAGCCAGAGCGAGCGCCGCGCCGCCCCCGCCCCGGAUCCCAACGCCGCCGCCGCCACUGCCGUCAAGUACAUCUCUCCGAAGCACCGGCUCAUCAAGAUCGAGCCCAGCAACGAGACCGGCGGCAAAAACGGAAACAGCAGCGGGGGAGUCGGAGGCGUCACCUGGAGCCCCCCCGGGAGCACCAAGAAGCUCAACAAGUGCGCCGAGCCCGCACCGGACACCGGCGCCAAGAAGGAGAAAGUCCUAAUAGCAGAUGACUACUCUGACCCAUUUGAUGCUAAAAGUGAAGGCAGCAAAACUGGCAAAGGAGAAAACACUGGUUAUAUGGAGCCAUAUGAAGCUCAAAGGAUAAUGACAGAAUUCCAGAGGCAAGAUAGCGUGAAGCCCCAGCAGAAAGACAUUCAGCUGUAUGACACACCUUACGAGCCUGAAGGCAAUGGUGUAGAGUCGGAUUCUGAAAGUAUAGUGAGUCAGCGCUUGCGAGAGAGCAAGUUGCCACAGGACGACGACAGGCCUGCGGAUGAAUAUGACCAGCCGUGGGAGUGGAACAAGGUCAGCCUUCCAGCCUUAGCAGUCCAGUUCAACGGAGGAGAAUUGAGGCAGUCUUCACCUUCCCCAUCUUCAAGCGACCGGCGUCGACAGCUUCGAGCACCAGGGGGAGGCUUCAAACCUAUCAAGCAUGGUAGCCCCGAAUUCUGCGGCAUCCUGGGGGAAAGAGUGGAUCCAACUAUCCCACUGGAAAAACAAAUAUGGUAUCAUGGAGCAAUCAGUCGAACAGAUGCAGAAAACCUCUUGCGGUUGUGUAAAGAAUGUAGCUAUCUUGUGAGGAACAGUCAAACCAGCAAGCAUGACUAUUCACUGUCAUUAAAGAGCAACCAAGGUUUUAUGCACAUGAAGCUGACAAAAACCAAAGAGAAGUACAUUUUGGGCCAAAAUAGCCCUCCAUUUGACAGUGUGCCAGAAGUGAUCCACUACUACACGGCAAAAAAACUCCCAAUUAAAGGAGCUGAACAUUUGUCACUCCUUUACCCCGUUGCUGUCCGAACCUUGUAAUUGCUCCUUCCUGUGGACGGGAGAUGAGGAGAGAAGCAGCAGGAGAGGCGCCUCUGCACUCGCUGCAGCAAGGUUUUGUAGAACCAAGGUGCCCAGCUCUGCCUUUCCAAAGGCAGACCGAUGUAUAGUCAUGGAAUCAUUGCACUACUUUGCAUGUCCUGUGUGGAAACGUGGGUUUCUAUUUAUAGGAGAGAAACGUGUCUUCAGACACAGAAGAAACGCACCAUGCACCAUCUUCCAGGACUCCCCGCUGCCGGUGAAUGGAAAUGUUGCCAAAUCCAAAGAAUGGCCUUCCAACUUUGCCAUCUGCAACCAAGAACUGUCAUUCUCCCACUUGUGGGCAUAAUCUUCCAGGCGAGCGAACAGAAGCUGCACGUGGCCUCUAACUCUUGUCAGAAGAGGAGGAGGAGGAGGAGGACUGAGAGAAAACUGGUCCAGUGGCCUUGCCCAGCACUCAAGAGCCAAAAACUCUGUAUCAUGCCUCUAACCUAAAAUUUGUGUUGUUUUUCCACACAUUUUGAUUCAACAUGGAGAUUUUCCCCUCUCCUUUUUUUCUUGUCACAAUGAUGAUGCGAUUUGAAGAUCUCAAAUGAGUAAUUUUGCAAUAGCAAAAAGUUUCCAUUUAUUUAUGAAUAGGGUAUGUACUUAAAUAGUGGUUUAAUAUAUAUAUAUAGAUAUAUAUUUUUAUCCCCCCUCCCUGUUUUUGGUACAAUAAUAAAGGUCAUAGGGUUCCCUGUGCUGAUACAUAGAUUAAAGGGCAGAGAGUCAGUUCUGUUUUCUGUUGUGUAAGUACAAUGUGAGUGAUGACCGUUCUGUAGUUUCCGGGGAGGAGAACAGGGGUCCAGUAUGUUGAGGGUUGAUGUUUACAUGACUGCAUUUCAGACCCAACAAAUCUUCUGCAGGACAAAUCUGAUUUGAGAGAAGCCGGUGCACAAACAGUAGUCCUCAUGCAGAUAACCAACAAGCCAUGGGGUUUUUUUUUUAAUCUCAGGGACAUGGGGAAAGCACAGGCAAAGAAUAGCUGUUUUUUGCUUCUCCAACUGAGAUGAACACUACAUCAUGCUUCCAAAUGUAUACCAAGGCUACUUUCAUCCAUGGGGAGCUGUCAUGUUAUGCACAGUGACGACAAAUGGUUCCUCUCCUGCCUUCAUAACAAGCUGGAAUCGCAUCAGAAACAAUUUGCCUUGACAGAGUAAAAGCAGUUGGCUUCUACCUCACCUGUAACACAUAGACCCCACCGGGAAUAGGGAAGCUUGUUGUGCCUCUUGGCCAGAAAACUUGGCAAACUUUAUCUAAAGGGUAGAACCUGCAAGUAACGCAGUUGCAGCUGGCAGUGAUGCCUCCUUGCCAGGUGCUUACUCUGUGACAUUAACGUCUAAAAGAGUUCAUCCCCAUGCUGUGACAUUGCUAUGGUAUGUGCUUCCUUGCCAGCUGUAUGCACUGGUGUGGAAAGGCACAUCAUCAUAAUGUCAGGCAUGGGUUGAUUUGUACUAAAUUCUGGGCUGCCAUUUACUUGUGGCUAAUUAUGCCCCAUUUUCUUGUGCAUCCCAAGGAGACCCCAGCUUGCUCUCCUGCAUUAUGCUCUCAAUUGCACUGUGCUUUUCCCUGUUGGUUAAUCUCUGAGUCAAGAUUCAUACUUUUUUCACAUUUGCAAUAAGGCUGUGAAAUUAACCCACUCUUGUAACAGGACUGUUUUCAAAACAGUCAACUUCACUUAUGUGCUUGUUUAAAAAGCGUAAUGGAAUAAUCAUUAUUCCGAUGCCUGUAUAAAAUACUGCUUCUUUGUACUGUACAAUGUGAAAAGAGAAGGCCUCAGGUGAACUGGGCUUAUAAAUAGUAAGUGUCUCUUGUAUCCUGAUUUGUUUUAGCCUCAUACAGACCAGUGUUCAAUCUGGUAUUAUUUCCAGGAUUCUAGUUUACCUGUUUGAGGGAAAAAGAAAAUAAAUCUCUGUAAAAAUGUGUGUUGAAAUCGGCUGGCGCUAAUCUAAUGGAAUGUUCAGACCAAUUCUGCAUGCCAAGUGUCUCUCUGUUGAUGUUUCAUUUUUCACAAAUCCUGGGAGGAGGGAGGUUCUUCCUGAACUAAGUAAAAGAAAGAUCUUUUUUUAAAAAGCCAAAAACACAGUUGAGUUCCUCUUUUAUCCUCUUUACAGUUCCCUCUGUGGAAGAAAAUGCCCUUGCCCGUCCACACAGGUGACUGAUAUCAGCACUGUUGCUUCAACAAUGGGUCACCAACUCAAAGCCCGGUUGCUCCAAAAGAUAUAGAUAACAGGAGAUGAUAUGGCAAGAGAGCCAAUUGGCAUUAUUACUUUUCCUCUUUACUAAAGCUGCUACUUGUUCAUCUGCCUAAUAAUCCCAGGAAAAAUAUUUGCCAGAGACCCCACCAGCACUUCAGAGCAGCCACCAUUGACUAGUUUACAAAUAUUUACUCUAUUGUCAGUUGUUGGCUUCAUGUCCCAAACAUUUUGAUGGUUGCACUACUAUUCAGUAACCAACAGGAACAUAACCAGACCAUUAACAACUGAAAGCUGUUGUGGAACACAGAUGACGGUUUUCAUAAUUUAUAUUGCUUACACCUACCGAGGUAACACAGAGCCGCUAUUACCCCUAUGCUGGUAGCUCUUACAUAUUGAAAACCUUAAUCAAAAGAAAAGCACCAAAAGUGUAUGCACCCAACAAGACAAGAACCUCUCUGGUGUCACUUAGCUACAGAUUUCAUUAAGUGUAAACAUUAUCCAUGUACCUUUGUUUUUAGUACGUGUGCAUGCAUUUAUCUCCAUGUUAGAGCAAUUUAUGCAGAGAUCUUUCCACUGUUGAACUUCAAGGUCCAAGGCCUUCUCAUUGAAUUGGCAGUUAUUUACAUAAAUGAAGUCUUUACAUAAGGGAAAGUUUUUUUAAAAAAAAAUAUAUCCCCCAACUAAACUUUACAGGAGUACAGUCUUGAGGUACAAAAUCUUGGCCUUUUAUUACACUGGUCUUGUUUCCUGGCUGUAAUUCCACUGUUACUCUGCUGCAUCCACAUCUUUUCAUAGAUAGUUCAGAUCAGCUGACAACAACAUUGAGCAUCUUUUCACAGCAAUAGUAUAGAUCCAGUUGGGAGAUAUAAGAAAAAGCAUGCCAGGACUGUAACAAUACACCAGAUCCCUAGUCAUGUUCAUGAUUCUGACCAGUUCUAUCAUCUUCUUUGCCACUUUUGCAUUCCUCUUUCUAUAAUAUCUUUUUCAGAAAUGACUGAAGAUAAAUAUUCUCACACUAUCACUAGAGAAGGACUUCAGCAACUUCCAGUAGCUGUUUCAGUAUGGUAUCAGCAUUGCUUGAAUGCUUUAAAUCUAGAGUAAAACCAGCUAAGCUUUCCACAUCUGUCAUAGGAACACCUCAGUUAUAUGGGAUUAGAGCACCCCAGUGGUAGAAUAAACUCCCAACAUCAAAACAUGUCAGCUUGAAGAACUGAUCACCCCUGCCAUAUUUUUCUGGUCCAUUUUGACACAGGAUACGUUCCAGUUCCUCAAUGCUUGAUUUGGUCUAACACAAUCCAGAAGAGAGGUGCCCUCUCCAGAGUUGUAGAUUCCACUCUUGAGUUAGUCUGCAUAUUGAUAAUCUUGUCCCCACCCCGUGUCAUAAAUGAACACUACAAUCAAUCAAAUUGUCCAUAAUAUGUUUCUAAGAAGUGCCAGCUACUGGUGGUCAGAGCUCAUCCAGUUUUGAACAGUGUUCCCUCAUUUCUGGAACAUUUGGGUAGUGUGAAAACUGGUGAAAGACUACAUUAACAGCCACAUAUUAAUCUGAUAUGUACAGGUCAGCAAAAUUGGUAUCAAAUGUAAGAAAGGGGGGUUCUUCAAGCAUUUCUAGGAGCUGCAACUUUGCCAGAUAAUAAUUUGAUUUUUUUUUAAAAAAAUUCUUAAGACAAUCCUGUUGUCCUAAAACUAGGCACUUUUCUAUAGUCAGUUCUGGAGCAACUUUGCAUGAUCAUCCUGCAACUUCCCUUAAAAACGUGUGUACUAAAACAUGACCGGCUACAUUUAUGGGUGCUGCUGAUCAAACAGUUUUUGUAUACCUUAGACAUAUAUUACUUAUUCAUGUUCUCUACAAUGCGGCCCCUCCAAAGGCCUAAAAAAAAAAAUCUCCAAUGAUAGAACUUGGCUAUUUUUACCCAGUAACAUAGCUGUAAUCCCUGAAUCUUGGUGCAUUAACCUAAACCUACUGCGUUUCUCAAAACAGAAUACAUUUUAUCCAUAUAAGGGUCUAUGUAUGUAUCAGUGCCUCCUGCAAUUUUACCGAAAGUGAUUGAGAUUUCACAGCAACUCAGGUCCUGAUCGGUCGCUGAGAAUCACCACUUCUGCCUUCCUUAUCUUGCUCGUUUACUUGGGGUUUCAAGACCAGUGAGCUGAUGUUUGACUUCUUGUGUGCCCUGUCGGCCCAUGCUCAUUUUGAUGACAGAACUAUUUUGGCCACGGGUCUUGUUACUUUUUCAGAUGGGUUGCAAUUGUAUUUCACAAAGUAUUACCUGGGAAGCCUCCUUUCAGUAUCAUGUGGUUUUAAUGUUUUGACCUGCCUGAUCAUUUAAUGCAGCAUUUCCCAAUGGCCCUGCUGACUGGGAAAGAGAGGAAGUAUCCAACACAUCUGGAAGGCACCAGCUGGGGAAGAGAAGGUGUUGAGUUACCAUGCCCUGCACAAAGGGCUUAACAUGAGUCUUCCCAUUGAUUUUAGCAUGUGUUGGCCUUUUUCAAAGUAAUAGUGCACAUAAGGAUGCACAUAAACUGAAGAGUGUGAAUGUGUGUAUGAGAGAGAAAUGUGCACAUCUGCCUAAAUCCCAUUGAAGGGAAAGCUGUGGGUUUUCAAAAACGUCGCAUUUUUAAUUUAUUUUUUAAUAGAAAGGAUUAAUCAGAAGUGCAGAAUAACCACAGCAUAAACUGAACCUGUCUGUUUUGGGGGUUUUUUUUGCACUGUGAUGCUUGUCUGUUUUAUUUAAGUGAUUGUGUGAUGACUAUGUUUCCCACUUUUCAAAGUUUUCCUCUUUUUAAAAAAACAAAAUAUACCCAAUGUUAACAGUGGUUUGUGCUGUCGCUUAUGGCUGAGAGAAUGAGCCAUAAUUGUGCCUGUGUAGUCCAUUAAAAGUUUAUUUUAAAUAAAAUUAUAAACCUCU